AUGGACGCCAUUCUUGGCGAAUUCAAGCGCGCCUUUGCUAAUGCCAACGGCUACGGCGUCGCUGCAACCAUCACCCCCGUUCCGCCGCCCAGCGCUGCAGGCCUCCUCUAUGCCUUUCACCGCAGUACCACCUCGGCCAGUGUCCAGCAUGACCUCCGGCACCGCCUUGCUUCAAACAAUAACAUUGGGCUGACAAAGGCCGAGAUUGGUGCUUGGACCGAGGUCUACGUUGCAUACUGGGCCGCACUGGGUGACAUACUGAGCGCUGAAGAGACGUCAUACCAAGGUCAGAGGGAUGGCGACUGGCCCAAGGCGUACGAUACAUGGAAGGGGGUUGUCAAUGCCCUCAUCAAAGGCUACUCGGCCGGCCACUUUCCCGCUUGGACCAUUCCUUGCCUUUAUGUCGGCGCCAAAUUCCUCCGCAUCUUCGCCAUCAAAGCUGACGAGAGUCUCGCUCAAGCGAAGGGAAAGAGUUUCAAUGCUGGGUUUUCAGAUGACAUCACAGAUACGAUGGGCAAGAACGACAAGUUGGAGGACGCUGCCAGAAAUAUCAACCGCAUGUUCGGCUUGUGCAUCAGCGAUCGCGAACCCUUAGAAGAAUCCCGCAAAUGGGCACUCUACUACAUCGCCAACAUCCUCUUCAAGACUUACUUUAAGCUGAACGCCGUUAGCCUUUCGAAGAACAUCCUGCGUUCCCUGCACGCCGCCAGAGGUGAUAUGCCGCCGUUCAGCGCCUUUCCAAAGUCUCACCAGGUGACAUUCAAAUACUACAGUGGUGUCCUGAGCUUCCUCGACGAGGACUACAAGCAAGCAGAGGAACAUCUCACCGAGGCUUGGCGACUCUGUCAUAGGGAUGCUAGAAAGAAUCGCCAACUGAUCCUGACAUACUUGAUCCCUUGCCAUCUUCUCACUACUCAUACACUUCCAACACAGCGGUUGCUGGAGCCGUACCCCCGCUUGCAGCAGCUCUUCACCCCUCUUGCAACCUGCAUCAAGAAGGGCGAUCUGGCGGGCUUUGACGCUGCUCUUGUUGCUGGUGAAGAUGAGUUCGUCAAACGGCGCAUCUACUUGACUCUGGAGCGCGGCCGUGACAUCGUCCUGCGAAAUUUACUUCGCAAGGUCUUCAUCGUCGGAGGCUUCGAGCCGCCGAAGGAGGGCCAAACUGAGAAAGACAAGAUCCGGCGAACGAGAAUUCCGAUUGCUGAGUUCGGCGCUGCUCUCAAUCUGAGCAUGGCUAGGCGUGAUGGAGAGGCCCUCGACAAUGACGAAAUAGAGUGCCUACUCGCAAAUAUGAUCUACAAGAACUUAAUGAAGGGCUAUAUAUCUCGCGAGUACGGCAAGGUCGUUCUCAGCAAAGCUGGCGCAUUCCCUGGUACCGGCGUAUGA